AAAUAUCUCGUUUCUGCUAACCACUUCCUUCCUCGCUGCCUCUCUUGCUCAAAAACCCUAGAAAACAGCAGCAGCAGCUCUUGUUCUUCUCUGUUCCAGCCAUGGCCUCCGAUACCCUCGUUCUUCGCGGCACCAUGAGAGCUCACACUGACCAGGUUACAGCAAUAGCUACACCAAUUGACAACUCUGACAUGAUUGUUAGUUCAUCCCGCGACAAAUCCAUCAUUCUUUGGAGCUUAACCAAAGAUGAAAAAACCUACGGUGUCGCUCGCCGUCGUUUGACCGGGCACUCCCACUUCGUCCAAGAUGUUGUCCUUUCCUCGGAUGGUCAGUUUGCUUUGUCCGGUUCCUGGGACGGAGAGCUCCGUCUCUGGGACUUGGCUACUGGUGUCUCUGCUCGCCGAUUUGUUGGUCACACCAAGGAUGUGUUGUCUGUUGCUUUCUCUAUUGAUAACAGACAGAUUGUUUCUGCUUCCAGGGAUAAGACAAUCAAGCUGUGGAAUACUCUUGGUGAAUGCAAGUAUACCAUUCAAGAGGCUGAGUCUCAUACCGAUUGGGUUUCGUGUGUGCGUUUUAGCCCAAAUACGUUGCAGCCCACGAUUGUUUCUGCUUCGUGGGACAAGACAGUAAAGGUCUGGAAUUUGACUAACUGUAAGUUGAGGUCUACCCUUGCAGGACAUGGUGGGUAUGUGAACACUGUGGCUGUUUCGCCAGAUGGGUCAUUGUGUGCUAGUGGAGGGAAAGAUGGGGUGAUUUUGUUGUGGGAUUUGGCUGAAGGAAAGAGGCUUUAUAGUUUGGAUGCAGGUGCGGUUAUUAAUGCUUUGUGCUUUAGCCCCAAUAGGUACUGGCUAUGUGCUGCCACCGAGAAUAGCAUUAAGAUUUGGGAUCUGGAGAGUAAGUUGGUUGUUGAUGAUUUGAAGGUUGAUCUCAAAGCUGAAGCUGAGAAAUCCGAGGGUACUACCGGUACUGCUGCUAGUACCACGAAGAAGAUCUAUUGCACAUGCUUGAACUGGAGUGCUGAUGGAAGCACCUUGUUCAGUGGUUAUACUGAUGGUGUCAUUAGAGUCUGGGGAAUUGGUCGCUAUUAGGGAGCUUUGAGUAGUUACCAGGCGCCUUCCUUUUUUUCUUUAGUAUUUUGAAGACCAAUUUAAGAUUUUGUUGAAAUUAUUGGAUCUUAUGUUAUCUCUUGAUGCUGGAUGUUACACAUUGGAUUGAGCUGGGGCUAUAUUUUUGUUUUUCAUAUCACAUGUUAGAUAUGUUGGUUUUGAAUUUCACAUUGGUACAAGUGGUUUAUCAAGUUAAUUGAUUUCGAUUCUCCUUUC